AUGGCGGCAACCGAGCAUGCGAUCACAGUCGUCGAUGAAGUGAUGGAGCGACCAUCUCUCCCACCCAACCAGGGACUACAAGCUAUGAAGGAUAUCUUGUUUGGAUCGGUUGCAGGAAUGGCCGGAAAACUUAUCGAGUACCCAUUUGACACCGUCAAGGUUCGCCUCCAAUCUCAAUCCGAACAUCUUCCUCUCAGGUAUUCUGGCCCCCUAGACUGCUUCCGCCAAUCAUUUCAGGUCGAUGGUGUGAAGGGGUUAUACCGGGGCAUCAGUGCCCCCAUGGUUGGAGCAGCGGUGGAAACCAGCUGUCUGUUCUUCAGCUACCGCAUUUUUCAAGGCCUGAUACGGACUACUGUCUACCCUGAUUUAGAGCAGCUGCCCUUUACCGCUCUAGUAAUGGCGGGUGCAGCUUCCGGCUCGGUGACGUCGCUAGCACUCACUCCAAUCGAGCUUGUCAAAUGCAAAAUACAAGUCCCUAGUCAGUCAGCCGGAUACAAGGCUCCCGGCCCACUUGCUGUCAUUUCGACCGUGUUCCGCCAAGGGGGAUUUUUUGCAUUUUGGCAUGGACAGAUGGGAACGUUAAUCCGAGAGACUGGAGGCAGUGCAGCUUGGUUUGGUGGCUACGAAGGGAUCUCCUCGCUGUUCCGCAAAUAUAACACAUCUCAAUCUCAGACUGAUAGCCUUCCCGUGCACCAGCAAAUGAUCGCAGGUGCUACGGCUGGUAUCAGCUAUAACUGCCUGUUCUUCCCGGCCGAUACCAUCAAAUCCCGCAUGCAGACAGAGGAUAUCUCGCGUCUGCCAGUCAACAGUCAACGCCAGACGUUUUGGAACGUUGGCCGAGCCUUGUGGCAGCAGCAUGGUCUCAAGGGCAUGUACCGUGGGUGUGGAAUCACCUGUGUUCGCUCAGCACCCAGCUCCGCCUUCAUUUUCACGGUAUACGAAGGCCUAAAACAACAUUUUGGAUGA